AUGGCAUAUUCCACCUUCCUCUGGUCUUUGGGUAUCUUUUCCCCUAGGGAAAUCGAAGAGUUCGACGAUCGCAGCAUCUGGUCUAUCGUAUGGAGCUGCUUCGCCACCAUUUUCGCCUGCACCUGGAUCGCUGUUCAUUCAAAUGUCCCUGCACCAACAGAUAGUCGGACGAGGAUCUUUUCUAGACGCUUCGCCAUCAUGGGAUAUGUUCUCCUCGUACCGGAGAUGGUCAUUUUAUGGGUAGCGCAUCAGUACUACGGAGCGAAGGAAAUCGUAGAUAAAUACAAAGGCCAGGGAUGGACUCAGACGCACGCAUUCUUUCUCCUCAUGGGUGGUUUCCAGCUGCAGGAGAACGGCGUCCCAAUCCGCGCUUUGACGGUCAAGGAAUUCGACGAAUUGUACAGUGCUGGGAGGAUCGACUGGCCGAAGAUCUCCAAGGAGGAUAUUGAGGACAAGAGCAAGGCGGACGCGUUCAUAAAGGGAAUCGUGUUGAUGCAAACCGGGUGGUUUGUGCUCCAGUGCAUCACUCGAGGCGCAUAUAAGUUGGCCGUAACGGAGCUGGAGGUCGUAACGUUGGCAUUUGCGGCGCUUACAACAGUCAUCUACACUUUUUGGUGGCACAAACCCCUCGAUGUCGGUCGUGCAGUUCCGAUAGAACUCAAGCCCCCCGAAGAAGAUGCAGAGAAGUUGGAGUCUGCGAAAGCAAGCAUAAUUUCUGCAAAGGACGUAGUUCCUGUCGCCUCUCCAGCCCCGAACGACUCGGUAUCCCCAACAUCGGACCCACCUCCCCACACGCAACACAUUUCUUACCCAGCACCCUCUGGUUUGGGAGCACAUCCUCAAGCGACACCAGGCAUGCCUUCUACUGAGGAGGCCACGCGGUCUUCUGACCUUCUACCACCCACUUCGGGCGUACCCCUACUCGAGCAUCUCGUCUCUCCCUCAACCCCCGAGCAAGUGACGGCCGCACCGCUGUACGAUGUGGAAGCGGGUCAGCUCAAGGCAGGAGCUCCAACUUCGACAGUUUCCUCGCCUCAGGCAACAUCCGCUCGCAGGACCCGUUAUGAGCGAUUUUCAGGGCACGUCCGUCAUUUUCGUGCCUUCUUUCGCCACCAACGUCACAAACGAGGACUCUCGUCGCCCUCUUCUACGUGUUCGUGUACCACCCCCUCCGCUUCUUCCUCAAGCCAUUCGAGGACAUGCUGGAGUGUGCAGAGCUGA